CAAGAUAUUGGUCUAGAAGAUGACUAUCAGGAGGGUCCGGUGCCACCAUGGCUAGGUGAUGAGGCAGUACGAGCAGGCAUCAAGAGCUUGCUUCUGCUUGAUCGAUGCAGAGAAGAGGAUAGGAGAUUGAAAGAUGAGCGGUGUGCUAUGCAGGAGUGGAUGAAGGAAGAGUGA